AUGUCGCAAGCAGCAUUGUUACAAGAGACGGAAUCUCUGCUUCAAUACUCGGAGCCCAGAGAAUACAGCAAUGAAAGCACCGCUCCCGACAUUCGUGACGCUGCAACCACCAUUCCAACCAAAGACUUUAGUGACACCCGUAGACAGCAGUUAGGGCUGCUGAAUGCUGUCUCCCUUAUCUUCAACAGGAUCAUCGGUACCGGUGUUUUUGCAGCACCGAGCGUAAUUCUCAAGUCCUCCGGCAGCGUCGGACUCACCUUUGUGAUGUGGAUUAUUGGGGCUUUGGUUUCAGCCGCUGGAACUGCCGUAUAUGUUGAGUUCGGAACGGGUUUACCCCGGAAUGGCGGGGAAAAGACUUACUUGGAAUACAUUUAUCGUCGUCCUGCAUUCCUGAUGUCCUGCGUAUAUGCGUCAUAUGGAAUUCUCUUGGGUCAGGUGCCAGCCGCUAGCGUCGCUUUUGGAGGAUAUGUGCUGCACGCACUGGGUUGUGAACAAACCGCCGUUCAUGUCCGUACCGUUGCUUGCCUGUGUAUCAUUCUCUGCCUUUUCGUCCAUGGCGUUUUCCCCACCAUCGGUAUCAAGCUGCAAGACACCUUAGGCGUAUUUAAGCUAGCCGUUCUAUUGCUGAUUUCAGCAUCAGGUCUCUUUAGUUUAGUGGGGAUGCCUGGAUUUUCAGUUGGAGAAGUGUAUGACCAACCUCGCAACUUCGGGUGGACAACAUUUUGGGAGGGAUCAAGCAUGAGCGCCAACGCUUUCACUAAUGGCGUGUAUCUUGUGAUCUGGUCUUUUAUUGGCUAUUCGAACGCCAACUAUGCGCUAUCCGAAGUCCGGAAUCCCAUUCAGACCAUCCAGCGUGCUGCCCCCCUUGCAAUGCUCUUGGUGACAACGGUGUAUGUUCUUGUGAACAUUGCUUAUUAUGCUGUGGUGUCAAAAGGAGAUAUAUUAGAGAGUGGAACUAUCGCAGCGGCUCUGUUCUUCAGAAAUCUUUUUGGUCCAGCGACUGAGCGGGUCCUCAGUGCAGUGAUCGGUUUAUCCAUCCUCGGAAACAUUCUGGCAGUUUUGUUCUCUCAGGGACGAGUGAAUCAGGAGCUAGGGCGUGAAGGUAUCCUGCCAUGCUCGCAACUCCUAGCGAGUAACGAACCGUUCGAUGCACCCCUUUUUGGCUUGUUCAUCCAGUCUCUGGUUUCUAUCCUUACGAUACUGUUGACACCAGCUGGAGAUGCAUAUACCUUCGUCGUGAAUUUCACUUCCUACCCCCUUGCGCUGUUCAACUUGUUGACUUCGGGCGGCCUGUUGCUCUUGUAUACCCGACCAUACAAACCGUACGACUGGAAUCCUCCAUUCCGAGCCCCGAAAUAUGUUGUUAUCUUCUUUUUCCUCUCCAACGUAUUUCUCGUGGUCGUCCCGAUAAUACCUCCAUCCCGUGGGUAUGAGGUCUAUGAGCAUUUACCCUAUUAUUCUCAUGUCGUAAUGGCUAUGGCGAUCGGACUGGCCGGAGUGCUUUACUGGUUUUUGUGCUUCGAGUGGUUACCCCGGAGGAGCGGACACAGGUUACAACAAGAUGUCAUUACAGAGGCAAACGGCCGCACGCGACAAGUAUUCAGACGGAUACCCGUCCAUUCGGAGUGA